AUGAAAGAACAUUCUCCUCGUCGCCGAAGCAGAAGUCGGAGUCCUUCGCCAAGACGUUCGCAUCGUGAUUACGACAGAACACGAAAGCGAAGCCGAUCUCCAGGCCAUCAUAGACGAAGCCGUUCUCGAUCUCCUCGUCGUCGGCGACGCAGUGCCUCCCCUCAUAGAAGACGCGGGCACAGGAGCCGAAGUCGUUCGCCUCAUCGUCGCCAUUCGAGGUCGCGCUCUCGUUCACGAUCGCCCCAUCGUCGGCGUCACCGAUCCAAAUCGAAGUCCCGAUCAAAGUCGCCGGAGAAAUCGUCGAAGAAGUCGAAGAAAUCCGAAAAAUCUGACAAGAAGAAGGAGAAGGAAAGUGAGAGCACAGGGAUGAGUAAAGAAGAACUGGAGAUCAAAGAAGCAAACGAACUCAGAGCUAAGCUCGGACUCAAGCCGCUUAAGCCUUGAUGACAUACCUUGUCGGUUUGAGACUAAAAUACGGAAACGUUUCCUCAGGAAAAGAUCACUAAGCUGAUCUAUGAUGCUACAAUAAGGCACUGUAGAAAUAAACCAAUCAGAAAUCGUUUCCAGGCUCCGCAGCCUCCGCAGUGUAUGUGGUUUUUGAUGAUUUACUUUUUGUCGUCAAUAAUUUUUGUUUUCAUUGAGUAACAGCGGGAGUAUUGAAAGAGUUAUAAAAGAUUGCAUUGUCUUUUUAUUUUCUUUUGCUCGAGCAGAGCCUGUUUUUCCUCACAUUGCUCUCGUUUUUGUGUGUGUGUGCACUCGCCUUUUAGCGCUUUUUUCUCGACCGCCUGUCGAGAAGAGGUUCUCGCAGUCUAGCUCUAGGCAGUCCUUCGCUUUCACAAGUUUCAUUUGUCAGUGCAAAAUUAAACAACACAGUUCUUUCAAUCUUCUAGUUUAUUUUAUGUUGUAGUUAUGACUUGUAAUUCACGGUGGUCCAAAGAGAAUUCAAAACGCUGGUUGUGUGGUGCAAGAUACGGGCGAUAAGCAUAAGCCAUAAAUGAUUCAAUGAUGGUAGAUUCCGAGAAGAUUCCGUUAAAUGAAACAGGCAAACGCAAGGGUUGGACACCGCACAGCAGUUUUCGUCGUGAGAAAGUUGCGAGAAACGUACUUUCUACAACAACAACAACAACAACAACAACAACAACAACAACAAAAACUUCAUUGUACUCAACAUAGAAAUUAGAGUUAGAUGAACAAAAAUCAGUCGAGAUAAAAAGAGUACAUGGCUGCCCGAAAUAACCUUAAUGGGCUAAUAAGACUGGGCAGCCAUCCUUAGUGAUUAAAAGUGAUUAAAUUAAAGUCAAAUAAGAGGAAAUAAGAAAAAGACACACAAAACACAAAAAAGACUAAUUAUACAUACAGAUAAUUUCUAAAGAAACUGUUGGGCUGCUUCGGUGGGAAAUUGCAACACUUGACAAAUUGAGCGCCGUAGCGAGUACAGUAAAAACCCGCAUAUAAGAACCUAGAAUUUUCGAGGUCAAGGCUGAACAGCUUCUGAUAUUUUAGGGUAGUUUUUCACAGUUCAGGCUGAUCAGGUUCUUAAUAGGUUCUUAUUUUUCAGAAGUUGUCGUAGUGUAACCAUUGGCAGAAAUAUAGAACUUCUAACAACAAACAAAACUGCUUGCCAUAUAUUUCUAUAUUUUAUUUUGAAAGAUUUAGAUUUUAAACUGUCUAUAUUGCACUGUAGGGUUAAGGGUUAGGGUGAAAAUCGAAAAAAAAAAUGUAUAUCAAAGAAAAAAUAUACACAUUAACUCUUUGUCAGAAGUUUCUCACACAAUAAAAAUCCAGAAUUUAGACCAUCAAAAUGUAUAAGAACCUAGUUUUCUUUACCAGGCUGACCAGGUUCCUCUAUUUCUGGGUAUUUAAAUGCCAAAUUUCAGCCUGUAGGUUCUUAAAUCACUAGGUUCUUAUAUGCGGGUUUUUUUUUAAUGUGAAAAUGACGUUUCGAGUGGACAAGUGGUCUGAGCACCUCAUACCCUACCAAUCUGGCAGAUAAAUGAACCGAAAAAGUAAACUUUUAUUCGUUCCUGUAAUAUCUGCAAUAAUGUUUGGGAUGAACGUCUCCCCAGUUAAUGCGUGACACUCGAAUGGAUAUAAAAAUUCAAAAGAAAAUAAAAACUGAAAACUGAUAGGAUGGAAAAAUGUCAAAGUGUCAUUUUGAGAUAAAUCAUAAACGUUUCGGGCAUAGCUCUUCUUCAGGGUGAAAACCCUUUAUUUCGUAGGUAGAAAGGCAGAAGGAUGAGAGACCCAGGGUGCUGUGCCGACCGCUGU